AUGAGAUUGAUCGGCUCGUCUCCUCUGAAACACGAGGCAGCCCGCAGAUGCGCCCUGCCAAUCGUGUCGUGCAGCGUGGUUCCCUCCGGCCCUUCUGCCACCGAAACAGCCGCAUGGAGACAAAGAAUGCCGGCUUCUCAAGCGUCGUUUCAGCCCCAGUGCACGCACGGCUUGUUUCUGGAAGCGUGGAGGGACGAUCGGUCGGUCGGGGGGGAACCUCCUCGAGAGGGGGGAGGCGAGGCAGAUUUCGACCUACGCUUUUCGAGUCUCCCUCGACCGUCAGACGGCGGGCCACCACCCCCUGGCCGUUAUCUUGCCAGCGCCAGCGCCAGUGCCGGUGCUUUCUGCACUGCUCUUUCAUUCUCCCUGGUCGUGUUCCAUCUUCAGUUCCAGUUUCCACUUCGUCGGGCGUGCCUGUGGCUCAAGUCGGUCUUUACAGAGCUGCCUUUGUGCUGCUAUCCGAAACAGCGGCCUAUCGCGCCUGCUGCUAUCCACGUCCUUCGCUUAUUACACCACCACGCCUAG